GCGGACCAACAGCAUGGGAGAAACGCAUGGAGCAACAAUGUCACUACUUCCAGGAAUCGUGGUAGCAUGUCAUGAAGCGCCAAUGGCUGAAGCUGGUAUUUUUUCUGCUGACUGUGAACCAUUUCACCAGCCAAGUUCUCUCUCUCGGCUUUCUUGGAGCAAGGAGAGAGGCGGGUGUUACGAUGAAGAACCACGUGAUUGUCAGGGCUGACACCUUCGCUGGAGUGGGGGCAGCUGCAGCUAGUGCAAGUUUGGCAGAGUACCUCACAAGAGCCAUGAAGUAUUUUCAGACAUCAUUCGGUGCUGUUCCAUUCUUGGAGCUGGGUGGCGAGGUCACGGCUCAUGCUGAGCAGUUGGCCAACAAGCUCCAGCAGGUGAAUUACGUGGUUUGGAACAAUUCAGUCAGACCUCCAAUCAUUCCUCGCGUCACCUCAGUACAGCAGCCAAUUACGGACACUGCAUUUGAGCAACUUAUGAUAGCUGUUUUGAAGGACAGCAAACCUAUUGGUUGCUCAGUGGUGCACGCAGAACCCGGAAUUGGGAAAUCAGUGGCAACAGCACUAGCGGUACAAAGACAGACCUCAAAGUUUACAACUCAGGUCUUGUCGCAGGGGGAUUUUACCAAGAAUGUCCGGGACUUUUUCCGUGUGUCGGACCCUGCAGUAGCUACAGAUGUUGCUUGGGCCCUUUUCCCUCUCCUGAAAAAGCAGGGCAUCCGCUUGCAGAUCAUUUUCGACAAUACCUUUGAUGGUGGCGUCGGGAUCGAGCGCAGUACUUUCAUGGACCUCAUUCGAGCUGCAUUUGCGCAUGGCCACCACUUCAUAGUGGUUGUUCAAUCCACGGAAGCAGCCAACCAGGUUGCCGACCUCAAUGGAGCACGGACUCGGCAAGCACUGCAGCAGCACGAGGAGGAGCGUGUCUACCGGUGGGAUCAAGAGCAGGCGAAAAUGUACUUGGAGAGGGGCAAAGAGCAGCAGUUGGAGGGGCAGUUCAUCGAGGAGGUUCUGAACAUGGCCCAAGUUCCCGAUGACUUUGGGCGUUGGAAACCGGUCGACAUCGACGAGUAUUUGCAGACUGGUCGCGUUCCGAGCGCCCCACGCCAAGCAGGGCAAGGCUGCCGCCUGCAAGGCAGUGCCGCCUCGCAACCAUCCGCUGCGGUGUGGGUCUGUCAGCUGGGAAGCCCUGGCAGUGGCGGCUUCCAGCCCGCUGGCGAUGCUUUUCCAAUCGACCCAGUGCCGCAAAACAUAGCAUAUUUGAAGAAAGCAAUCAAAGCGGAAGAGGAGUUGACCAUUGCUGCAUCCAAGAUCGACAUCUACAGCCGGAAGGACGGCCGCUGGGUCAAGGAAACAAGGAUGUCAGCAAGUCUGCGCAAGACAGAUGAGGCAGACUGCUACGGAUUCACGUUGCCAGCUGGAGCUGCUGGAGCCGCAUAGUUUGAGGCAGCUGCUGGCUGUGGUCACUGUUCUCGGCUGAGGCAAUGCUGGCGCACAACGUUUCA